GCUCGGUGGAGCUGACUGCGAUUGCGUAGAACAAGCCUCCUUAAACUGGCGCGAAGGAGAUGUUAUCUCAUCCAGGUAUCUUCGCCUUCCUGUCCCCCUUCUCUUCUCCACCUUUUCUCUGCUAAUCCGAAUCUGCGAAGAGGUCGUGUUUUCUCCUCAAAAUCCACUGAAAUAUCAAAGCUGCUGCUAAGUUUUCUCCAAUUGCAUCGAAAUACUUCCGUAUCUUUCGCAGUUUGCCGGUGCAUACUGUCUUUGCGCUCAGGUGGAAACGGCGCAAUGCUGCAAUGGAUGGGGGGAUCAGGCGGAAAGUGGCGACUGUAAGCGUUGUUUGGAAUUCAACUUUAAUUUGACUGUAUCAGAGGCAGUUAGUUUGAAUUGUUUUCUGUUGGAAUUUUUCAUCUCAUGAACGUCAUCGAAUUUGAGAAUUUUUUAAACGUAGCCUGCAAAAUAUGAACAAUUCAGGCAAUGACAAUAUUCUGACCGAUUACAAUCUGUAAUUGAUUUUAUGAGAGAAUAAGUAAUAGAAUUCAGUCUUGACAUGUUUGCAUUUCCUUUGUGCAUAUUGUCUAUGGAGAAUUUCAGUCAAGGAGGUCUACACAGAAGAGGCAAAAACAAUAUUUUGAACAACGGAAACAGCAGCAGCAACAGUCAGCUGGUCCAGAGGGAUAUGAUGAUAGAAUCAACAUAGGUGGGCAACAUAAAAAAGAACAUCAAUCACUGGAUGUUCUCGAUUUUCUAAAUCUGUCAACCAUUUCCAACGAAUGCAGAUCUUCUUUCCCCCAUGGAAAAGAAGACCAAGAGCUCAACCCUUCAACAAUGAAGCAUCAUAUCCCAAAGGGUCCACCAACAAUUUUUCCCAAUGCAGUCACUCCUUCAUAUUUUGUGAAAGUUAAGGAAGCAAAUAAGUUUAGGUACCGUUGGAACUGAAACUCCAGUGCAUUCACCAAAAGGAAUUGGCAGGAUGAGAUAAUGCAAGAUAUCGAUAUGCCGCUUGGUUACUGUCCUUCAGAUUUCUCACUGGGCAUAAUGGAUUCCUGUGGCAACAAGAUGCAGAAAUUCUCCAAUGUCAAAGACCACAUGCCACUUGAUGGCAAUAAUUGUAAAAUGAAGAGCUCUUUUGGCAAAAUAAAUAUCUUCUAAAUCAUUACUAAGAUGCAUUGUAUUGAAAUUUUAAUCUAUAUUUGUUUCUUAAUUUAUUUCCCUUAAAUAGUUCAAUUAUAAUUGCUAUAUAGAUAUAGUUUUUAUGACAGUCACAACUUGCAACACUUUAUCAUAAUUUUUAUUUCUUUCCUUUUCCUUGUUCACCAGCUAUGUCGAAAUUCAUGGAUGAUGAAUAUCAGUACAGCCCACCAUCAGCUGAUGAAUUUCUAUAUGAAAGGGAAGAUGGUAUAUCUUGGAAGAAGUGGCAAUGCCAAAUUAAUGGUAGUGCUGCUGGUUUUUUGAAUUAUGGAGACAACCAGAUGUCAGAUUGCUCUUUUGAGAGUCCCCACCUGCUGAAGAAAAGAGAUGUAUCCAACCAACUUGAUUGGGCUAGUUGUGUGAAAGAAGAUACGAAGGAUAAUUUGAGCUCUCUGAGUGAGGAAUCAUGCUCAUCUAGUGCAGACCUCAUCUCAGUGAGGGACAAGAAAACCUAUUCACCUCCAAAUUUAAGGCCUAGUUGGAACAGAAUCAUAAGUGACAACACAUUUGACAGCUCCAGAAACAAGCAUGAUAUUGGUGACAUUGUUUUUGCCAAAGAAACAUGGAAGAAUGACGACUGGGAUGAUAGUCAAAAUGGAAGUGAUGCAUUUGGAUCAGGAAUAUGCACUGGAACACCAAUUGCUUCAAAGUCAAAGCAACCCAAGCACUUAAGCUCUUCUUUCCAAAAUAAAAUAGGGCCAUCUCAGAGUUGGUUGUUUGAGGAAGGGUGCAUUUCUGCUGAUAGAAUUUCAGAUUUCAAUUGUUUUGGUCAAACCAAUGGGGCAGAACCCACAUCCUUGGGAUCCAAGCUAUGGAAUGAAGAUCCUCUUGGUGAUUUUCCUGUUCCUAAAUCAUUUGUUGAUUCUAAAUCUCCUUCUGACAGAUGCAAAUGGAGUGAACCCAUCACGUGCUCACCUUCCAGCAGUUUCACAGCUCACAAGUUUUCUUUCUGCCAACCAAUUGACCACAGGAAUUCUCUUGAUUCCCCUGUAUACUGAAAGAUCAGGUUUGGGCCAACUGCAGGGGAUUCAUCUCCAUGUUCUGCAGCUGAAGGCACUCCUCCUCAAGGAGAGUCAGACCUUCCUGAUUUAUCGGGACAAGGAAGUGUGAGUGAAGAUGAAAAUAAAUCAGUACUCCAGACAGCCAAAUGUGAAAGGUUUGAGCCAGAGAAAGAAAACUGCAUCCGCAAUGAUGACCCUUUCUCAGAAGACUCUAAAGUAGUGAAAGCUUUGAUACUCAAGAGCAAAGAUAGUAAAUCCAAGGAAGUAAAAGAUGGAACUCCAGCACAAUUGAACCUGAAAACUACAAGUUCUCUGGAACAUACUGAGGAGACUUCAUCUUCUGUGAAGAUCCCUGACAAAUCUAAGAACCAUGCUGAUGAUAAAGGGUAUGCAAGACAGACUCAUCUUUCUCUUUGCCUUUAUAUUGUUUACUUUGACCGGCUAAAACACAAAAUUUCCUAUUAUGAUAUCCAUUAUGACAUAUAAUGUUAAACAGUCUCUCACUGUUGUUAUCUGUUAGAUAUAACCAUGAUGCGAAAGCUCCUCAUCCUUGUCAAAUUGGGUAUGCGGGUAGCUAAUAAUUGGCCUUUUUCUAUUGAAUUGCCGUUGCAUGAACAACUUCAUUGUUUGUUUUAAACUGUUUUCCUGGAUUAUUUUGUUUCAAAUCAGGUCCUGAAUUGAUACAGGUGCAGAAGAUGCAAAGUCUGAAGGAAGAAAAAUACCGAGUAACAGACAGUGGUUCUGUCAACGUAUCAAAGCCAGUGAUGAUGCUCAAAAGUUACGUUCUUCACCUUCUGCGUGUACAGAAAGUUCUUGAGGAGGCAUCUGCACUGAACACCUUAAAGAAGGUAUAACAAAAACCUUCUUAUGAUGGAUAUAAAAGGACACUGCAUUACCCCCCUGCAUUUUACAUUCAUAUACUUUCUUUUGUAUGUGGCUGUUCCAAUUCUCUAAUUUUUUGAAAAAUGGAAUUCUCAUUUUCG